GCGGAGCAGGUGGCAGAGAACAAGACUUGCACGGUCGAAGGAGUGAAAGGGCAAUGGAAAGAGGUGGGGGCUUGAAAUGGUGAAGGGGCCGAGCAGGGGGCGUGGGCUUCUUACUGACCUGCGAGUCGACAAACGUGUCCAGCCGACACAAGAAGAGCACAGCGCGAACGGGAUGACACGCAAGGUCUACAGUCGCGUGACGUUUUCGUUAGCGCCCCCCGCUGUCGACGAUUGCUGGAAGAAUGAGGGCCUAGAUGCGCAAGGGGCCUGCGAUGUGAUGCCGGCGACUUUGAGCGAUGGCGGAUGCAUCGCAAAGGCAGCACACAGAAGAAAUGACACCAGCGAAUGGGUGGCGAGCCUGGACGACUCCGACCCGUUGCAACCACCGUGCGGGCCGCUCUUGUUCGUCGCCGUUCGCGCCGACAGAACGCGUCUCGUAGGGUCUAUCGUCCAGUGGGUCGACGAUGGCAAAUACAAUUUCAAGUUUACGUUGAAGAAGCAUUACAGAAGUGAUGGUUCCAUCGACGACAUCGCAAAGGGAUGCAAGGUUGCCGGGAGGAUGUUCGGCGGGUACGGUGGGCUUGCGAUGUCUUUGCCGUACUUUGUUCUGCUAGCGUCGGGGCACGACAAGGCCGUUCACGUGAUAGACUUCCUCGAGGUCUGGGCGCGAUCUGGUACCUCUGUCAGUGCCGUGGACGUCGGACCUGGGACAUCGAUAAGUGGUUCUGUUGGGUUUGCGGGAAAGGAGUGCUCUGGAAGGGGGAUGGGAGGUCAGGGUGGCCUCCCAGCUACGCCUCCUGAUCAAGAGGUGGGCAUGUCAGACGACUCGGAGGACGACCAUCCGCGUGCUCCUUCGAAACCGGGCUUGCAUGGAUCUCGCCGCCAAGGUUUGCUUGGAGAGUCGACGCCAAGUGGAGGCGGCGAUGGCGAACGGUUGCGACAGGGCUCAGAAUUGACGACUCCUCGUGGUCUUGUCGAAAGGAUCGGUUCGUUCGUUCGUGGCAUGCAGGUGGCUGAGGUUUCGCCUGGAGAUCGCGCGGGUGGUUCGCAGGUUCGAGAGAUGCGUGGGUCAGAUGAGACGACUCGCUGGGCCCAACCUGCGCCUGUGCAACUGCAGACGGAGUUAAGCCUGGAACGAAAAGCAAGUGGGAACGUCGCCGGUGAGGAGGUGUCCGAGCAGGGGCUGUUCCCUGAAAAGACUCAGUCGGGAGGAAAGCGCAACUUGCCGGAUGAGGAAGAGCGAGAGGGAGUAACGGUGUUUUCGUUAAAAGUGAAAUUGUUUUCAUGUUCACUUUUUAUUUUAAUUGUAAAAUGACACAAAGAACUGAGGGAAAAAUAAGCAAACAACGAGAAAACAAUGGUUAUACAUGAAAGCUGUUGAAGGAAAUUAAACAAAAUUUUUCACCUCGA